UUGAAUUCACAAAGCUACAAAGAUAAACUUACAAUAUUAUUAUUAAACUAAAAAGUUCACAGCAAGUUUAGCGUGUAUUAAUCACUUCUCGUAGUAUUUUCUAUUUAUAUUUAUUAAAUAAUUACUAGAUAUUUACUUAAUGAAUAGAUCGUUUCCAUUUCAUGUCGUCUCGACUCUGUUGUAAUGUUUACCGCGGAUAGACGCUAAUGGCCAUGUUAUUUUAACUGAAAUCAUCAACACGUAAACAAUUUUCGAGAGCUGGGAAGGCGUUAGAAAAUAUAGACAAUUCUUAAAAGAUCAUGGAUCAUGUGGUUGAUGACUAUGAAGCUUUACGGGACUUUCUUUUAGAAGCAGAACUUCAUCAAUAUUAUGAAUUAUUCAGGGAUAUAUUAAAAGUUAGCAAAUUGUCACAACUAAAAUAUGUUGCAAUUGAAGACCUUGCACAAAUUGGUCUGUCAAAACCAGAGCAAAGAAGGUAUAAAAAACUCUACACCAAAUAUUUUCCAAACAAUUAUAUGACAAAAAUAAAGAAGCUCCUUAGUGCAAACAAAAAACAUGAAACUCUUAAUCAUGGACUUAACUUUAACACUGUUGAUUUUCAUCAAUAUCCUGAGAGUAGUACUAAAGUAUCUCCGAAACAUAUUAUUUCAAUAGAAGACAUAGCAAUAAAUAAGGAAUUAGGCAUGGGUCAGUUUGGUGUUGUUCAACAAGGAACAUGGGCUACUGGCAAUCAAAGAUUGCAAGUUGCUAUAAAGUGUCUUGGUAAUGAGCGAAUGACAUCAAACUCUACAGAAUUCCUUAAAGAAGCGGCUGUGAUGCAUAGUAUUGAACAUCCUAGUAUAGUUAGGUUAUAUGGGGUAGUUCUACAUAUGGAUUCCCUUAUGCUGGUAACAGAACUAGCACCCCUUAGGUCUCUUUUAGAAUGCCUACGGGAAGUAACUUUUCGAAGUAAUUUCCCAGUGCCUAAUCUUUGCGAAUUUGCUGAACAAAUCUGUGAUGGAAUGACUUACCUUGAAAAUAAAAGACUGAUUCAUAGAGAUCUUGCUGCAAGAAAUAUAUUAGUAUUUAGCAAAGAUAGAGUAAAAAUUUCUGAUUUUGGUUUAUCAAGAGCUUUAGGAGUUGGGAAAGACUAUUAUCAAACAAAUUAUAAUGUUAAUCUUAAACUACCUGUAGCUUGGUGUGCUCCGGAAUGUAUACUGUAUCUGCGCUUUACAUCAGCAAGUGAUGUAUGGGCAUUUGGUGUGUGUCUGUGGGAAAUGUUCACUUAUGGUUUCCAGCCAUGGGUUGCAUUCUCUGGACAACAAAUUCUUGAGGCCAUUGAUGCACCUAACUUUCAGAGAUUAGAGCGUCCAGAAUGCUGUCCCGAUGCCUAUUACUCACUGAUGCUUGAGUGCUGGUCACAUGAUCCUAACAAUAGACCGAAGUUUAAAGACUUAAAGCCUCGUCUAAAGCAAGUACGACCUGAAGAGGUUCAAGCGAUUGGUAAUCAGCAAAGGAGCGAAGAGGGGCGUCGUAGUAACUUUCUGGAAUACAAAGUUGGUCAAAAAAUUACGGUUCUUGGCAAAGAGGAUUUUACAAAGACAGCGAUGUGGUACGGCGUUUUAUCUGGCGGAACAUGUGGGAUUUUCGAUCCGAACAAUACAGAACCAAUCAUCAAAAAUGAGAGAUCUCAAUCACUCGAGCCUGGCUCCUUCUCUCCGCAUCCGUCACGCUCCAUACGCUCAUCACUUUUGCGAUCUGAUGCUAAACGGCACACGGUUAUGGGCAAACGAUCAAUACAACGAAGUAUGAUAUCUAGCCCCCAAGGCGACGUGAAGCAUACAGGCCACGUGGGCGCCGAUGGAGCUUACUUCGGCGAUAUAUCAUUUUUGGAUCCAGCUGGAUGUCCGCCACGCCAAAUCGUGACUCCCUACCGACCGUCUGAAGAUCUAGAACAGGUGCCGCUCAUAAACCCAAAUUCACCGUCGCACUUAACAGCUGCAAGUACACCAUACCCACUGCUGACUUCAGGCUUCGAGCAGAGGCCUGGCUGCGAUCAAGUCGAUUUAGCCUGCGUCGAUUCGAAACAGAAGCCGAUCAAGAAGGGUCAUUUGAAGUCAGUCCUAGAACCGACGACAAGCAAGAGUCUUCUGAGUAAGGUAAAAUCGGCGACACUUGGGCGCUCACAUAAAACCGAAGAUGGUAGCCAAUCAAGAACAGCCGAAACCCACGAGUACCAUGAAAUCUCCGACACCGACACCGAAAGCACGGCUACAGAUAAUGCGAAAGUUGAUAAAUCAUCGCCUGACGCAGUUAUUAUGAAAGCUUCCACGGACUUCAGUAAAAGCUUACUUGACGAAAUGGAGUCUAUGUUUCGAAAUUUAGAUGACAGACGUCGCAAUGAAAUCAACCUUCACCAUGAAAUAGAUGCAGCUAUUAGCAGAGCACAUACAUUGAACAAGACGGAGAAAAAGAAACCAUUCCAUACAGCGACAAUGAAACUUAUGUCCGCUCAUGACACAAGAACGUUGGAUACGGCGGUUGCGUUAGCAAACGAAAUUACUUCUAAAUCAAUGACGGGUUUGGACGAAACGAAAUUGCCGACGUCGCCGAGUGAACGACUUAAGUUUCAUUUUAAAUUUCCUCUAGUUUCACUUCAUCAUAAUAACCAUCACGAAGGUGAAAAGGAGACAUGUGGGAAACGCAAUUUCAGCGAGGAAGCCAAUAGCGUUCCAGACAUUCAGGAAACGAUAACUGAAGAAUCGAGGAUGGUGUACAAUAGCCUUAUUGAAGAGCCCACUCCAGCAAUUUCUGUCGUCAAAUUGCCCCAAGAAAAACCUUCUACUUCUACGAUUCCCAAGGAGACGCGAAAGCAAACGCCAAGAGUUAAUUUCAACUCCUUGCCAUCAACAUCGUGCGAGGUGAUCGUCAACCAGCCUGUAGCUGACUCGCUCAGCAAUGAUGGCAACGAAAUCCCUCUGCCUCCACGAACCACCAAACCAAAACUAGUUGACAAGCCACGACACGUGCGAAAGCAUCCACUUCGCUUGCCACUAUGCUGCGACCCACUACCUUCUCAGUUUGAAGCUAGCACAAGCCAAGCGCCCGUAACAAUCUACCAAAACAUUCGCGCUGUAAUCCAGAACGAAUACACUGAGGGCUUUGUACGCGACAACCCAUCCAUGCCGGACCCAGCGACAAACCCAUUCUAUCCUUCAUACUCUGUCGCAAUUACGUUGCCGGAUUUGUCAAACAAUCCUUUCGAUUGCUAUAUCAGCAACUUAGCCGCCAAAACGGAUGAGGGAGAAGAUGCUAUAUUCGAAGAAGUAUUCCUUAAAGGUGAGGCUAGUGGUGGCGAGAGGAGUGGUCCUAUAGAAUACGUUUCCGUGGAGGAUCUCCUUCAGUUUGCUGAUAGAAAACCGUCAUCGCAGCAGAGAGGGGUAGAAUCUGACGAAGUUAGAAUCAUGAAUAAGGUUCUAAAGGAGGUAUAAAUUUUUUAUCCAAGUAGUUUAUUUAUAGGUCAAUUGUAUUGAUGUCAGAGCUUAAUAUUAAACUGAUGUGAUAGUGAUUAAUGGUAGUCAUUAAUUAUGUAAGUCAAAUUGACUUUUUGAAGCAAUUAUUGUUAUAUAAUUGUUUAAUUUAAUACCUACAUUUACGUUAAAACUGAAAGUUUAUGUCUCGUCUAUUGUAUCUGUUAUACUACGUAACUUGAAAAGAUUUUUUAUUCUAUGUUAAUGUUGUAAACUAGAAUUCUAUUACUAUUUACUUAAAAAGUAUAGUUAAGUAGUAGUUGUAGAAUCAAUACGUAAUGAAAUUGUAAGAGGUGAUGCCGUAACGGUUCCUAACUGUAAUACGAUUUUUAAUAUGGUCAAUUUUUUUAAGCUCCGAAUAAGCCACAUGAAAUCGGUAUAUUUCUAAUUAACACAUAUCUAAAUAGGUAACAUAUAAAAUUACAUAUCAUUGUUUUUUUUUAAUUUGGCAUUUAAAUAAAGCUACAUAUAAUUUAAAAAUAUUAAAAUCAUAUCAUUUUACAGUUAUUUAGUUAUAGAGUAGAGUAUUUGGGGAAGAGAUAGGUCGCUUUUCUAUUUUUUUUUCGAAAGUAAAUGGCGAACUGCGUUUAUCUAUCACUUGUCACUUUGACAAUUAACUAUAAUGGAAUUUUCGUUCAAUACAUUAUUUUGCUCAUGGGCUCAAAAAGUUUAUAAUCAAGAAUAAGUCAAUGAGUUUUUUCUGUGAAAUAAUAUAGAGUGCAUAAAAGCACAAACAUAUCUAUGUAAGAAUUUAUAUACGCUAAUUUAUUAAUAGUUUAAUAUUAGUAAACUUUUUUUUUUCAACUUUUGAUUCCAUUAACAAAUAUAUUUGACCUUCAUGAAUACUUGUGUCAUACGUAUUGCAACUUAAAUGGUUAUUUGUUAAUUUUAAUGUUAGGUAAUGUUGUUUUAGUUUUUAUUCCAUCACUAGAUUUAACACAAAAUAAUAAAUUUUGUCGCUAAAACACAACGAAUGUGAUAGAUUCCAAUUUUAUGUAUUACAUAAUUGUUUUAAGCUGUAACACUAUUUAUGGCCAGACCAUUAAUAAAAACUAAGUCAGUCGUAUAUAUAAUUAUAGUUUAAACUGUUUAAUUCAAAGUCCAAAUAAUAUAAUGGACUGGAGACCUACAUACAACGUAAUAGUAAAGAUUCCUACUGCUCGAUUCUGCAGGUAUUUGUUUUUUUGUACCCACAAAGUUUUUUUAAAUCAAUUUUACGUAACUUUGAAAGAAAAAUGAUGAUAGCUGCAGAUUCGAGCCGUGGUAUCUUUGGUGGUUCUAAGCCAUAGAUUCGUAACAAAAAUUAGAUUAGUAGAACUAAACCGUGUGAACGCAUAUGAUGUAUUAACAUACUGUUUUUUUACAUUUAGACCCUAUCUGAUUGUAAAUAUUUUUACUCGUAUACGUACUUCGAAAUAUUCAUACUUAAUUUUUCUUCAUGUAGGUGACGUUUUAUAAAGAUAGCAAAUUUAAGAAAAUUCUAGUUAUAAAUACUAAAUUAGACUUCUUUUGAAUGUUACUUUUUUAUUUUGUUAGAAUAAAUAUUUCUCAAAACUUGUUACUUAAAAUCUGAUCUGAAGAAUAUUCAACAUAAGAAAAUGUACAAUAACACAUCUCACAGUCUCUGUUAAGGGGUGUGUGUGCCACACCCUGUGCUUUUGUUGUUUUAUUUUAAAACUUAAUCAUUAAAUUAUUAAACUGAGAAUAUCACAUAUAAUUGAAAUAAGAAGAUAUAAAUCCUAAUUCAUAAAAAAUAUGAAAAAUGCCAUCCCUCUGAAUUCUGCCAGCCAACAUAAAUAUUGUAUGUUAUCUCAAUAGCUGAGACUGAUUUCUUUUGUAUAAACAAACGUUAAUACUGUUAUUUCGUUACGGGGCUAUAAUAACUCAGUAUUAUAAAUCUCAAUUUAUAGCCAAUUCAAUUUACACAAAUGUUUCCUGUUAUUGUAAUUAAAAUUCUUUAAUAAAUAUUAAUAAUAGUAAUAAUUAGUAUUUAAGUAUGUGUAAUUAAUGUAUAUUUACUAGACAAUUCACACAUUACAUAUAUAUAAAAGGCAGAUUAAAAAAUAUAUUUAAAAAAAAUUGCAAAUAGCAACAUUACGUUAAAACCUAUCGUCGAUCUACUCUUUAAUAGACGUAAUGAUGUAAAUAAAUUCUUGCAAUUAUAUUUUAAAGUUUCCAAAAAGAUUUAAUGUUUUGUGAUGAAAUUUUAUACUGUAAAUAGAAGUGUAAACGAGUAAGAUUUCAUAAUAACGCUAAACAGUAGCACUGUGUUAACUAUUUAUUAAUUACAUAAUUUAAUUUCGUCGUUAGAGUUAAAGGAAUAAUAAGCUUGGUUGGGGUUUGUAGCAAUAAUUAUAAGUUUAACCGUCUAGUAUGACAUCAUUUAUAAAAAUAGAUCUAAGAAAACUAUGUGUAUAACGUA